CAGUUUGCGCGGGGGUGUGGAGAGCAGGCGGAGAGCUUUCCUGGGAGGCUGGGGAAGCAGUGAACACUCUUCUCAGCGACUCGCCUCCUAGCAGAGCUAUUUUUUGCCAUCCGCCCUCACCCCCAGCACACGCGCUCGCACACACGCACGCACACGCGCGCAUACACACACACAAACACACACUCACACACAUACACACGCACACACAUACACACGUACACACACACACACACACACACACACACACACACACGCACACACACACACACUCACACACACCAGACCUCUCUGGGUUUCUUUUGCCUUGAGUCUCCCGGGGGCUGUGAGAAACCAGGCGCAUCUCAAACCAAGCCGGCAGCUCCAAGCUCCGAAGCCAUGCCCUGCACAAACGCUAGUCCUCACCAAGCUCCUGAGGAAUGAAAGCAACCCAGGAAUCCUCUGACCGCAGCAGUGAUGUGGACCAACCCCCUGGAGCCCGCACCCUCCCGAGGGCCAUAGAGGACUCAGGGAACUGGAGAGAGCUCAAGACAGGAAAUCCCAGCUUUCCCAAAGUCCCCGUGGAUGCUGACAAAAGGAGAUCUGGAUUUUUGGAAGAGGCCGUCCUAGGUUACCCAGCUGCAGAGUGAUUCUCCCAGUCUGUCACUGAAUCUACCCCUCCAACCCCCAGCCGUUCAGAGUACCAUGAAGAAUUAUGAGGAUGUGUGACAGAGGUAUCCAGAUGUUGAUCACCACUGUAGGAGCCUUCGCAGCUUUCAGUUUAAUGACCAUUGCGGUGGGCACGGACUACUGGCUAUAUUCCAGAGGUGUGUGCAGGACUAAAUCUACAAGUGACAAUGAAACCAGCAGGAAAAAUGAAGAAGUAAUGACCCACUCCGGGUUGUGGAGGACCUGCUGCUUAGAAGGAGCUUUCCGAGGCGUGUGCAAGAAAAUCGAUCACUUCCCGGAAGAUGCAGACUAUGAACAGGAUACAGCAGAAUAUCUUCUCCGGGCUGUGAGGGCCUCCAGUGUCUUCCCCAUCCUCAGCGUCACUCUGCUGUUUUUCGGGGGACUCUGUGUGGCUGCCAGCGAGUUCCACCGCAGUAGGCACAGUGUUAUCCUCAGCGCGGGCAUCUUCUUCGUCUCUGCAGGGCUAAGCAACAUCAUCGGCAUCAUAGUUUAUAUCUCAGCCAAUGCUGGAGACCCUGGGCAGAGGGACUCUAAAAAGAGCUACUCCUACGGCUGGUCCUUUUAUUUUGGAGCCUUCUCUUUCAUCAUCGCGGAAAUUGUGGGUGUGGUCGCCGUGCACAUCUAUAUUGAGAAGCAUCAGCAGCUGCGCGCCAGAUCCCAUUCAGAGCUCCUGAAGAAGUCUACAUUUGCGCGCCUACCGCCCUACAGGUAUAGAUUCCGAAGACGGUCAAGUUCUCGCUCCACUGAACCUAGAUCCCGAGACCUGUCUCCCAUCAGCAAAGGCUUCCACACCAUCCCUUCCACUGACAUCUCCAUGUUCACCCUGUCCCGGGACCCCUCUAAGCUUACCAUGGGGACCCUUCUCAACUCUGACCGGGACCAUGCUUUUCUACAGUUCCACAACUCCACACCCAAAGAGUUCAAAGAGUCGUUGCAUAACAAUCCGGCCAACAGACGUACCACGCCUGUCUGAGCUGACCUCUGACCUCUGCCCCGCCGCCCAGCACAGCCUUGGGGGAAGUGUACACAGAUGUCUCUAAGGUUGCAUGGCAUGGUCCUCGUGAUGGUAUCACUUCUUACAAAGAACGAAACCAAAUGGACUCCGCCCCCUCCCACAGUGGUCCCUCAUCCCCUAGACCUUGACCCGUCCACCUCCUCUGACUUUUCUCGCUGGUCCCUUAAUGUUACCCCUCACUGUGUAUCUGUGCCAAGUGUUUUCUUUUCUUCCUUCUUUGCUGGAAGGACCACGACAUUCUUCCCUCCUUGGGAAAGGACUUGACUAAAAUCGAAGGUGCAGUCAUAGCAGUGGGGGAUUUCCAAAUCCCCUGUCGGUUGUAUGCAUAGCUGUUCCCAUUGUCCACCCACACAAACUCUCCGUGAAACCCACCACACAGGUGGCCCUGAGAGAGGCAUUCACCUUUAAGUGUUAGAAAAACAUGACCAGAAAUCAGAUGUCAGUGCCCCGAAGCAGCUCAUGUAAUAAGCACUCGUGUUAUUAAAGGUUUUUGCCUUGUAACCAAUGGA